GAUUUUGGGAGAAAAUAUUGAGAGAUUAUUUGGAAGAUGGAAGAGAGAGGUUGGAUGAAGGGAGGAGGUUUAGAAGUUGAUCAUGAGAGAAUGGCAUUUUUGAGACAGAAGUUUAAUGACUGGGCGUAUGGGUAUGAAGAUACGGUGGAGAAAGUUAGCAUCCAGAGCUCUUUUAAUUUGUAUAGUGCGGCAAGAGCUCAUAAAGCUUCGAAGAUUUUAGAGGUAGGAGCUGGUUGAGGGCUCGCAGCGAGGAUUUUUAUAUCUUAUUUGAUGAAGAAGCACUGUUCGUUCUUUGUAUCGGAUAUUUCAGAGAAAAUGAAUGAAAUCUUUGUUCAAAGAUUUCUUGAAACCGACACUGCUUCUGAUCCAGAAGUUAAACUUGUCACUCUUGAAGAGAGUGAUGUAAUUGAUGUUGAUCAAGAAAUCAACAAUGUUGAAGACAAUUUUUUGAAAAGGAUUUUCAGUUGAAGAGCAAAUAAUGAAUGUCUUCCAUUCUCUGAUAACUCUUUUGAUUUAUAUAUUGCCUGACUAUCAUUAAUGAUCGUGCCUAAUUAUAAGAACCAGUUAACCGAAGCAUACCGAGUAGUUGAGGAAGGUGGCGCAGCAGCCUUCAGUGUUUGGGGUCGAGAAGAGAACUGCACUAUGCUCACAUUUGUAUGUGAAGUCUUCAAAGAAGCAGGUAUCGAAUAUACCUCAGGGUCUACACUUACUUUUAAAUUAAGUGACAAAGGUUUCCUAAUCAAAGAUAUCAAAGAAGUGGGAUUUAAAGAAGUAAAGGGAUUCUACACAAUGACCAAUCCAUGAUUUCCUACAGUUAAUGAGGCAUAUGAUUAUUCAGUCUCUUCUGCAAAUGCUCAAUUAUCCUUAAAGAAUUGCACUUCUGAGGAAAGAGAACACCUCAAACUAACAUUCUACCAAAUGUAUGAGGAGAGAUAUGGCAACGAUACAUCAGAACUUAUGAGCUGGGAGACAUUAGUGAUAAUUGCAACUAAGUAA